AUUUGACCUGCAUUAAAUAAGUUCCCUGUAUCAUGUGAUAACUUUAGUUCGAUAAAGGCCCACCAUCCCUGAAACUAAUAAGAUGUUGCUGGUGGAUACUGAUGCCUGUCUGGAGUUUCUUUAGUUGUGGUUGUCGAUGCCGUCCGUCGCCAAUACCUGGGUUGUUAUUGUGUAUUUACUGUGCGUGUUUAAAGAAUGUGUAGGAAACCCAGUGUUUGAGAGAAACCAGCCACAUGCUGAAGAAUCGCAGGAACACCAGCAGGUACAUCCCGCCGGGGAUAGGGUUGGUGCUCAAGACCAACAAUAUUUACCACCGUUCUUAGAAAACAACAUCCAAAAUAGUCCCAGGAGGAGGGAUAUUGACACGGUACCUCAGCUACAACAACGUCAGGAUAUAAUUCAAAACGAAAACUUAGUUUCCAAUCAAAGAGGUGUCUUAGUUCAGACAAUCAAAAGUAAUUUGCAAAAGAAUUCUUCAGUUACACAAAACAUAUCAAGAGAAUCUGAUAUAGUGCCAAACCAGAAGUUAAAUACACAUAUACAUCUUGCUGAAUUAAAUUCUACGACGAAUUCUUUGAACGGGACUAAUGUUACAACCCAUCAAAACAUCAUUCAAAUUCACGGAAGAAAAAAUGACAUAGAUUUAGGACAAGAGGUCUUAGGUCGUAGAAAUGAAGUUGGUGAUCGGAAUGAAUCAUCAAACAUUAACUUUGGACAAAGUGAAAAUCAAGAAAAACUCAUCCCCAUAGUGAAGCGCACAGUUUUACCUUCCCCUUUUACUGAAACACAAAACAUAUCACUGUCUUUGGGAAAUGCUCCAUCAAACGAAGGACCGGAGAGAGGAAGAUUGCCAGAUGAACCAAAUCCUGAGAUUCUGAAUGCUAAUGAUACUAAUCUUCAAGAUCUCCACCUAAACAAUAAUGAAAUUAAGAUAGAAAAUCAUGGUACCACAAGAAAAAUUAACUCUUCAACAACAAUUACUCCUUUAGAAACUCCUCAUUCCAACAUACCUUUUCCACAAAUUGAUCCUGAUUCUGGAACUGUAGUGGAACCGAGUGCUAAAUAUGAAGGAAAUAACAGCGAUAAUGUUCUCGAAAACAGACAUAGCACAUUCGCCUUACCAACAGAAAUUGUUCCCUUAGCCACAAUAGACAUUUCGGGGGAAAAUCCUGACGUUGAACAUAUAGAAAUCGUUAACAAUACAGUUGAUUAUUUAAGCCAUGAAAAUACAACAGUUACGGAAACUUUACAUACCAAAGAGAAUAAAUAUCGUACCAAAGGUGAUAUUCCUGAAAUGACCCUUCCACAGAAAGCACCUCAUCAACACGAAAUCACAGAACAACCUCUUCAACAAACACCAGAAUCUAGACAAUUACCAAAUGAGUAUACUGGUAGGCAAACAACUACUCAGAACUCACAUGAAGAAGGUUCGCAUAUAACCAACUUUUCUCAAGAGCCCGUGCUUCACCAGGUUACCGUGAGAGAUUUCUCUACGAAAUCAACAACUCGCGAAAUAUUUCCAACCGAAGAAAUCUUAAAUGGAAAGGUGUCUGUUAUACAUGAAGAACUACCAAUAAGGACUCGAUCUACAUUGACUUCUUCCACAAACAAAGAUGAAUUUCAAACAUUUCGACCAAUUUAUUCGAGUACAAAUUCUCAUCAAGGAGAAAACAACGAAGGUAGAACAUUUCCUCCUACCGAAGUGGUACCCGAAAUGACCAUCAGGCUACCAACAGAACAAAUAAAUCCUGAGCCAACCGAAUCCAUAUUUCAAAAAUCCACACAAGUUAAUGCUGCAACAGAGGUUGGUCCAGAAAUCAGUGGAAGGACAGAGAGACCCGAUGAACCCGUACCACAUGUUACUCUGUACAUUCCAACAGAACCAAUGGAGGUUCCUCCUACAACAACAGUUUUACCGAUGACAGAGUCAUCGGACCUGGGUACUAGUAUAUCUUCGAGUAUUAAUGGAUACGUAACGGAAAAAAAUAAUGACAAAGUUACAAAAGAAAAUGAGAAGUUAAUAAGUUUUCAAGCUACAGCUGAGGAGAGAGAACCAACUUACCCAACUGUCCCAGAAGAAAUAAAUGUGGAUUUUCAAACAACUGUAUCUGAAUCUAGAACCCAACAUUAUAGCAUUACUAGUACACAGCAUACUAAUAUCGAAGAAAUAUCACACAGUCGUCUACCUCUUGCUCAUACUGAAGCGGAUUUAAACUCGACCACAAAGCUAUGGAAAACAGUGCAUUCUCAAUUCAGCAGCACCCAUCCCACUGUCAGUGACGGGGAGUUAACCAAUAGAAUACCCGAGGUUCUCACCAGCGUAACAUCUGAAAGAACGGUAUCUCCUGGGCACACUGCAGCUUAUUCCAAAACAUUGCCAUCUGAAAGAACUGUAAGCCAAGAAAGUUCUAAAUCAUCGUUCUCUGCUUUAAGCCAAUAUCCCACAAUGUCAAUUGAAAAUAGUACAAUAGACGUAAUAUCUUCUAACGAUAUGUCCACAUUACAAAAGCAGGAUCGAAUAACAACAAUAGAAUCAUCAAAGAUCAGUCAAACAUUUACAACUCUCGAAAGUCCUCUCAAAAAUACCACCACCAUCUCGACACGUCCUACAGUAAAAAAUGUAACUACAAGACGACCGUAUCCAACACUUUCCCGGUCCACAACUAAAAAACAAAGAACUAAUGCUCCAACCACAAAGAAGCCCACAGAAACUCCAAAACCUCCCGAGAAACCAGGUGAUACUUUCACAACACAGCCAUUGGUGCCUCCUGUGUAUAUUAGCAUGCAGUUCCGUAUGACAUUGAACGAGUUCUGUUCAGAAAAAUCAACGUUCCUGAAAGACUUGACAAAGAUUAUAAGGCGGAAAAUGGAUAAGUUUGAGGAAAAGCAGAUUAAGUUCAUCAAUCAGUUGUGUUACGACAAAGUCAAUGAAAACAGAAUUGAUUCUGGACCGAAAGGUGAUAUUACUAUCGUUACUGUGGAUUUAUACGUUACUGAUAUUAAAGGACAGAUUGACGUAAAACUGACAAUAGAUUCUUCCGAAUUUCUUCGAACUGGCUUUUCAACCUCCCAGUCUCGAUAUGGUCAAAAGCUUGUGAAUGUCCAUCUUAUCAACUCCUAUGUCAACAAAAACCAGAAAGACGAAUCAGACAAAGGUCUCAACUCUGGCAUGACCAUUGCCAUUAUCAUUGUUAUCAUCGGGGGCGUCUGUUGUGUUUGUCUGAUUAUGUUACAGAUUCUGAUGCACAGAAGAAGCAAUAAAGGUUCAGAGAACUUUCUCCCAGGCUCCAAUCGUUUUUCUCUGAGAAGCUUAGAUUCCAUUGCACUUAAUGCUGUUCCAAAGUCGAGGCCACACAGUGGUUUUUGGAAUCCUGGUUUAGAGAACAAUGAGGAGAGUACUUCGUCAUGCUCAAAUCCUCUUGGAUUCAACAAUUUGUCGAACAUGACUCGAGAUAUGGUUGAAAUCUACAAGGAAUUCGACAAACUCCCAUAUGAAAUGCCAAGCCUUUCCUGUGUCCCAAUUGGAGCUGAGGAUAAAAACAGAUAUGCCAACGUAAUUCCACAAACACAUUCACGUGUUAAGCUAAAGAAAUUAGAACACGAAGAACACUCUGAAUACAUCAAUGCUAAUUUUGUCACAGGAUACAAAAGUGACCUACAUGCCUAUAUUGCUACACAGGCCCCUCUGCCCAAUACAAUUGCAGAUUUUUGGAGAAUGGUUUGGGAACAACAGUGUCGGGUCAUCAUAAUGAUCACUGCUGUCAACGAAAUGCAGCCGCCCCGGGACCCACACUAUAUUCCAGACACGGAGGGAAUUAAUGGACGUGUUCGAUACGGCGAUAUUGUACUUGUUCUGAAAAAGAAAGAAGUUAGACAAGAGUACAUUAUGUCAUUGCUGGAAGUUAAAGAUAUAGAAAACAACCUUUUAAGAGAAAUUCGACACUUCUGGUUCACAAGUUGGCCUGUGGAUUCUGUCCCAGAACCAAUAUCAGUGAUAAAGCUUAUCCUAGACACACGUGUCCAUUAUGAGGAUAGUGGGGCACCACUAAUAGUACACUGCAGUUCGGGUACAGGCAGGACAGGGACUCUAAUCGCCAUUGAUAUUUGUAUGCGCUCCUACGAAAACAAGAGGGUAGUAGAUAUAUUGGGUUGUGUCUGCAACAUGCGAAAAGAGCGUGCUGGAAUCGUGCAAAACAAGGAACAAUACGCUCUCAUUUAUAAGGUAUACACCGAAUCAAAGUUAGUGCCUUGCCUGUAUGGUUGUUUUGAUAAGAAAAUGUCUGUCAAUUACUCUGAUGGAUUAUCUCCAUAUGAACAUAAAGGUAAAUGUGGCCAAGCAGAAAAGUUUGAUCCCUCUGAGGUAGUAGCAGACAAAGUUGGACAGUUGGCAGACAUGAUAAGGUCAAGCAGACACUUGGUUGUGCACACGGGGGCAGGCAUCAGCACCGCGGCUGGAAUCCCGGAUUUCCGUGGACCCAGAGGUGUAUGGACUUUGGAGCAGAAGGGAGAAAAACCACAAGUAAAUGUGACUUUUGAUAAUGCCAGGCCAACUCUAACUCAUAUGGCACUUGUGGCUUUAGAGAGAGCAGGAAUUGUCAAGUAUGUAAUUACACAGAAUGUUGAUGGCUUACAUGUCAGAUCAGGUUUUCCCAGAAACAGGCUGUCUGAGCUCCAUGGGAACAUGUUUGUAGAGGAAUGUGAUAAAUGUGGAACACAGUUUAUAAACAGUUCAGCUGUAGCCACCAUGGGUUUAAAGCCAACAGGAAAUCCAUGCUUGUUCAUCAAAACAGGAGACAGGAAAUGCAGGGGGCGUCUCCGAGACACAAUCCUGGAUUGGGAGGAUUCCCUGCCUGACAGAGACCUGGAGUUGGCAGACCUACAUGCAAAGAAAGCUGACUUAAAUCUUACACUUGGAACUUCUUUGCAAAUUGUUCCCAGUGGAAACCUUCCACUGGCCUCCAGAAAAAAGGGUGGAAAAUUGGUUAUUGUGAAUCUACAGCCAACCAAGCAUGACAACAAAGCUACAUUAAAAGUUCAUGAAUAUGUAGAUGAAGUGAUGUUACAGUUAUGCAAAUUACUUGAUAUUACAAUCCCAAAAUUCCAGGGACCAGAAGCUCUUUUGGAAUCAAUGCAUACUGAUAAAGAAAAGAAAUUAAAUGUCUAUGUGAAGGAUCCACACAAGUUUGUGAUUCCUACUGUUGAGUGUGUAAGUAUUAAAUCUGAGGUAAAAAAGGAGGAAGAAGGGACUGAAAUCAGUGAUAAACACUCGAUGGAGGUUAAAAUUAAUUUUCCUGUGCAGAGUGUGGAAUCAAAUGAAAGCAAGAACAUAUUCAUUAAAGAAGAGGUUUAUGGACAAUGCAGAACUAUUCCAGUUGAACAAAAUCUCAAACCCUUUUCUGAUAACAGAACAAAAAGUGAACAAACAUCUACACAAAUUUUCCAGGAGGGAACAAAAAUCACUGAAGAAGGUGAAUUAAAUGUUAUAACAAGACCAACAAAAAUAUUAACAGACUUGAGUUAUGAUGUGGAGUUUGAUUCUGAAGUUUCAUGCAAAAGGAAAAUAACAAGUGUUGAUGUCAGGCAAGAUGGCAUACAGAAUGGUUUGAAAAUAGCAAAAUUGAUCUGAAAUGAAUUCAACUAAAAUUGAAUUCUGUGUGUAAAAAUUACAUUGAA